GCCAGCUUCCUCCCUGCUCCCCCUUUCGCUGCUGCCUACCAGCCAACGGGCUGAGUGUUUGUUCUGUGCUCCCUGCCGAGGAGAUGUGAGGGGUUUUCUCUUGGGGAGAAAUCAGUGGUCGAGUGCCUGCCUGGCUCAAAUGCCACCCAGCUCAGAAGGAGGCCUACGGCCCAGGGAUCCCGGAGGGAGAGUAAGUUCAGCGACUCAAGUCAUCCAGCUUUAGAACGGAGAUGCAACCUUGCUGCGUGUGGGGUCUCCCUAGAUGAGCCCCGGAGGAGUGUAUAUGUUGGGGAAUUGGUGGAGGCGUUUCUUCGGCCAGGACUCAACUGAGGCAACGUCACACCUCCUGAGGACAGCCUGGAGGACUCUGGCAUUUGCUGAGCUGUGCAUCUUGCCUCCAUCCUUCCAAAGUCUCCUGACCCAGGCAGCACUGUUCUGGAGUCCUGCAUGCCCCUGGCCAGGCACCCCACUGCCCCUGCAGUCCAGCUCAGCCAGAGAGCGCUCACCUCCAGGACCUGGAGCCUGUCCUACUACCCAGAAUGACUCACCAUUAUUCCUAGCUCAAGUGAGAAGACACGAUGGGGAAUUGGGCUGCCUAUUUGUGCGUCUAGGAUUUCCCAGCAUCUGAUCAGUUCUGUGAGGACGAGAGCUUCAGGUUCCUGCCUGGCCAGCCAGGCGAGGCUGUCUGUCCAGCUGUCAAGAGAGCUGUGGGGCUCUCCCCGUGCAGGAGCUCAGGCCAAUGCUUCUGCAUUUCCUGGGGCCAUUAGCAGCACCCUGAGCCCCACUGCCACCAGGGGGCUGGAAGGCAUAGUGUGAAGUCCUCCUCUCAGUGCCAAUUAUGACAGUGGCCACCGGAGACCCAGCAGACGAAGCUGCUGCCCUCCCUGGGCAUCCACAGGACACCUAUGACCCAGAGGCAGACCACGAGUGUUGUGAAAGGGUGGUGAUCAACAUCUCAGGGCUGAGGUUUGAAACCCAGCUCAAAACCUUAGCCCAGUUCCCAGAGACCCUCUUAGGGGAUCCCAAGAAGCGGAUGAGGUACUUUGAUCCCCUCCGGAAUGAAUACUUUUUCGAUCGCAACCGCCCUAGCUUUGAUGCCAUUUUGUACUACUACCAGUCUGGGGGCCGGCUGAGGCGACCUGUGAAUGUGCCCUUAGAUAUAUUCUCGGAAGAAAUACGGUUUUAUGAACUGGGAGAAGAAGCUAUGGAGAUGUUUCGGGAGGAUGAAGGCUACAUCAAGGAGGAAGAGCGUCCUCUGCCAGAAAAUGAGUUCCAGAGACAGGUUUGGCUUCUCUUUGAAUAUCCAGAGAGCUCAGGGCCUGCCAGGAUUAUAGCCAUUGUAUCCGUCAUGGUGAUUCUGAUCUCCAUUGUCAGCUUCUGUCUAGAAACAUUGCCCAUCUUCCGGGAUGAGAAUGAAGACAUGCAUGGUGGUGGGGUGACCUUCCACACCUACCCCAAUAGCACCAUGGGGUAUCAGCAGUCCACUUCCUUCACUGACCCUUUCUUCAUUGUAGAGACUCUCUGCAUCAUCUGGUUCUCUUUUGAGUUUUUGGUGAGGUUCUUUGCCUGUCCCAGCAAAGCCGGCUUCUUCACCAACAUCAUGAACAUCAUUGACAUUGUGGCUAUUAUCCCCUACUUCAUCACUCUGGGGACAGAGCUGGCUGAGAAGCCAGAGGACGCCCAGCAAGGCCAGCAGGCCAUGUCGUUGGCCAUCCUUCGUGUCAUCCGAUUGGUAAGAGUCUUUAGGAUUUUCAAGUUGUCCAGACACUCCAAAGGUCUCCAGAUUCUAGGUCAGACCCUCAAAGCCAGCAUGAGAGAAUUGGGCCUCCUGAUAUUCUUUCUUUUCAUUGGGGUCAUCCUUUUCUCUAGCGCUGUCUAUUUUGCAGAAGCUGAUGAGAGAGAGUCCCAGUUCCCCAGCAUCCCAGAUGCCUUCUGGUGGGCAGUCGUCUCCAUGACAACUGUAGGCUAUGGAGACAUGGUGCCAACUACCAUUGGGGGAAAGAUAGUGGGUUCCCUGUGUGCAAUUGCAGGUGUGUUAACCAUUGCCUUACCAGUACCUGUCAUAGUGUCCAAUUUCAACUACUUCUACCACCGGGAGACAGAGGGAGAGGAGCAGGCCCAGUACUUACAAGUGACAAGCUGUCCAAAGAUCCCUUCCUCCCCUGACCUGAAGAAAAGUAGAAGUGCCUCUACUAUUAGUAAGUCUGAUUACAUGGAGAUCCAGGAGGGAGUAAACAAUAGUAAUGAGGACUUUAGAGAAGAAAACUUGAAAACAGCCAACUGCACCUUGGCUAACACAAACUAUGUGAAUAUUACCAAAAUGUUAACUGAUGUCUGACUGAAGCCUAUUAACAUAAUCACAGCUCAAUGGAACUAAUGCAGAUGUCGCAUAAUAGCCUGCAUUGUAGUCAGUUUGUUCUACAGUGUGCAUCUGGUUCUGCAUGGAAAGCAAUAGUCGUGCAAGUGACUUUUGAUCUUUUGAUUUUUGAUUUAGAACACAGAGUAACUAUCAUGGCUUUCAUGCAAAUCUUUAUAUUCAACUUAUGGGUUUCCAAAGAUGAGAGUUAUCUGUGGAACCAGGAUGUCAGAGAUACAUUAAGGCCACUUCAUAUCCAGUGCACAAUUUACUAUAUUAGCCCCACCUUCUCUUCCUGAUUAAAUACACACGAGACCUCUCCCCUCACUACCACCCCACUUGAGCCCACCUGUCUCUGCACAAAGACACCAUCAUGGCUUAGUUUCAAAGCUCUGGUGAUUACUCAAAAGGUCAUUUCCAUUUUUGCAUUGAAAAGAACACACAGUCCUGUGUGUUGGAAUUACUUUUCUAUGUUACAGGCUGGGGUUUCUGAAUUGCAGUUGCCAAGUAGAUGCUCCGGAGGCUUGUGUUUCAUAACUGAAAAUGCUGCAUUCUGCUUUUUCUCUGCAUUGUCUAUGUGAGGGAAACCUGGGGGAGGGACAGUUAGUGUGCCCGAAUAGGAGUUGUCAAGUUUUACAUUUGUUCCCUUAAGACCUACAAGGAGAAGCUCCCCGACCAAGGAACUGUUCAGCUUCACAUUUCACUAUUUUUGCAAGCUUCAGGGUCACAGAAACAUGGAUGAUUUCUUUAUUUACACUGGAGUUCGCAGGUACCUGCUUUCCUAAUGAUGUGACCCAGCUACACUGACACUGCAGUGAAAAUUUUUUACCAGUGAUGCAAUCAAGCUGCAUGGGUGUUCAUUGCAUGAAUCAAUAUUUAAAACACAGGAGAUAUCCUAUUUUCUUAGUAGCCUAUACAGUAUUCAUAUUUAGAGUAUUAAUAGCCUUGGGAUGUCAUUGAACUAGGGUUUUUUUUUUCCCAUCAGAAGACAAAAGCCCUCCACUAGGAGAAAAAAUAGACUCUUUGGAAUGAGGAAACCAAAACUCCUGGCCUUCCAGCCCACCUAUCUCUGUUGCUUCAGUGAGAGCACAGGACCCAAGGCAGCAGAAAGAGCAGGGAAAGCAGAGUCUUUAUAUUCACAUGACUGCACCUUGGGAAUUAACCUAGUCAUGGGUGUGACUGCACAGCUGACCAGGGAAUCCGUCUUGAGAACAGGCAGGUCUGUGUACUCAGUGUAUAUAAAUAUGUAUCAGGUCUCUCUCUCUUUCUCUUUCUCUCUCUCUUUCUCUCUAUCUGUCUCUCUCUCUCUCUCUCUCUCUCUCCCCCCUCUGUUCCUCUACCUAGCAAGCUAUAGAAAAAAAUUGCAUUUGAACAUUAUAUAAGCUUAUGCAAUAUUUUUGACACAGGGCAAUUUAUGCAUGUGUUUAACUAUGUGCACUAGAAUAUAUAUAUAUGUACAUGUGUAUAUAUAUGCAUAUGUGUGUAUAUGUACACACACACAUACAUAUAUAUUCAUUCUCUGGAGUUCAGAUUCAGGAGCAAACCCAUUCCUCUGUGGGUUGGUUGUGUAAGAAGCCAAAUGGGUCUCACUGGUAACCCCAAUGGACCUGGGUUUGCUGCUCUUGCCUCAGACACUCCAGUCUUCAUGGAUUCCUAGACGUUAGAAUUGUCUUUCUGCCCUCCAUGUGCUGCAGCUUCAGUUCCCCAUGACUGAAGCUUGUCUUACUGAGUGCACAAGGGCCCUAUGGCCCUCAUAGCUCCGGCUGUCCUGGGCCAGACCCACCCCAGGCCUCCUCUCUAAAGUUCAUCCUGUUGCUCAUCUCCAUUCUCAUCAUUUCUCAUCCUUUUAUUUUCAAUAUUAUUUGGCUCUGUACCCUUCAUUUUCAACAACCUGUCCCUAGAGAGCCAGAAUGGAUCCUCUGCUUUGAAACCAAGGAGUAGGGCUCCCUGGGACCAAAUCCCAUUGAUCUGGACUUAAAAGGGAGCCUCCUCUAUAUAUGGAAAUUUCUAAACUCCAGGACAGAGUGAUGAAGUCCUGAGAUGAUUCAAAGGCAUCAGACUCAAACUCUUUCCCCACUAAAUAGGCAACCAGAGAUACUUUGAAAAAAAGUAACCCCCAAAAUGGAUAAAGAAUUUUCCCCCACCCUCCAGAAUAGGUAAAGAAUGAAUGAUUUCUGCUUAGCCUAGAAAUAGAGAACAGUUUGGUCCUGAGAUGGGUUAGGGGGAUGGCUCUUUGUCUUUGACAUAGUGGCUUGUUUUCCAAAAGCAGAUAUUCUGGUGGUCAGGCUGUCUGGGGGUGAUGCCAGCACAGGCCUCACUGUUGGCACUUACAGUUGACUUGGGGGUGGGGCUCCAGCUUAGGGUGCUAGGCCCAGGGUGCUUACUAGUUCCUGGUCACCCACCUCCCUAGGUGUCUGCAGGGCAUCCUGUGCCCAGCACAAAGCCUCUGUGCUUCUCUUCCUCUCCCUCAUGGGAGGUGGUGCUGAAUCUCAAGACAUGGGGCAGACACAGACAUUCGGAAAAUAGAAGGUUAAAGCAACCUAUACUAGAGGCCUAGGUCAGGGGCUAGAUAUCACAGCAUCCUUGGCCUGGGACUACGAAAUGUUCAUACACAUGCAAGCACAUCCAUCAUAAAGUAGAUGAUAUAGUGUCACCAUGCACAAGUACAACACAUGCAGCACACAUGCAAAAUAUAGCUAAGUUAAUGUAAGAGGUAGACAUAGAAGAUAUAUGGUGAUAACUACAUAGGAAAUAUAUGCACUCAGCAAGACAUAGAUUGUGCUUACCAACAACAUCCACAGAAGACCGGCAUACCCCAUGUACAAAUACGCAACCUGAAACUCAGAUGCAAAAUACAUAAAACUACAUGGCCAUAAUGGAAACAUGGACAAAAUACACAAAGGAUACUUUACUAUUUUUCUACACCCAACUCAGCAUAUACACACAAUGUACAUACUUAUACUAGGCACACAAGAUACAGCACACAUGUCCAAGAACAUACAAGAUACACAAAA